UUGUUUUCAGCAACUAUUCGCGAUUUAACAACGUUCGUGUAAACAACGUAAAAGUCAAAUUGAAAAGUUAUUUCAAAUUAACCUAAAGUGACAGUCCAUAUAGUUUAUUUGUCAGACUGACUGUCUGCUGUCUGACACAAGUACUUGUCGAAUUCAAGUUCAAUUAUUAAAUUUUCGAUUUGUAACCGUAAUAUAAAUUUGAUAAAUUGAUCAUUCAUCAUUUUUAAAAAAGAAAUCAACUCAUCUUUAUUAAAACUCUGUGGUUUAUUUUGUGAAUAUCUUACAUAUUGGUAGUUGGUUUUCCAAAAAAAAAAAACUAUUAUUAUUGUGUUUUAUUUAAAAAAAACUUACUUUCGUUUUUCAUUCAAUCAAUGUCGCUGCUGCUGUCUCUAUUAUUAAAUAAUUGUCAAUUAUUCAUAUCAAUCUCCGCCUAAAAAAUAAAAACUCAAAGUGAAAUUACAUCAAAAACUACUAAUUUUGGCAAAUUGUAUUUAAACGCCUGUUUGAGCUUGAAGAGUUCGUUACAAACUUGAUCGUGUUACUUGAAUCUUAAAUUUAAAGUUUUAUUUUGUUUUAUUAUUAUUUCUUUUUCAAAGUAAAGCACCCACCUUAAAUUAUAAAUACUUUCUUUUAACAUUAAAUUAAAAAGCUUUAAAUUAAGAAAAAAAAAUAACAAUAAAAAAUAAAUUUAAUUUCCUAAAAGAAACAAGUGUUUAAAAACUAAACAAAAAAAUAAACAAUAAAAGACUUAUCGGCGGUUUAAAUACAAAAACUCACUGAACAAAAGUAAUUAAAUCUGUUGGGAAAAAUGGUUGAAAAAGUUGCAAUGUCAAAAUUUGUGGGUGUCACCGAUAUAACGGAAAACAAGAAAAUAUGGCGAAUGUUAUUCGGCGAAAUGAUUGGUACCUUUCUAUUGGUAGUAAUCGGUGUUGGCAGCUGCACCGGUGGUAGUGAUUAUUCGCCAACAGUGCCACAGAUUGCGUUCACAUUUGGUUUAACAGUAGCAACAUUGGCACAGACUUUUGGUCAUAUUAGCGGUUGUCAUAUAAAUCCAGCCGUUACUAUUAGUUUUGUAAUUGUUGGCGAAAUGAGUGUUUUGAAGGGUAUUUUCUAUAUCAUCGUACAGUGUGUGGGUGCUAUUGCUGGUGCUGCAGUUUUAAGUAUAGCCAUACCAGAGACUAUAGGCGGUGUUGGUCUUGGAGUUUCUUCUAUGGCACCCACACUGGGCGAAGGUCAGGCGGUAUUGAUUGAAGCUUUAAUUACUUCUAUUUUGAUUUUAGUUGUCAAAGGUGUUUGUGAUCCGAAACGCCAAGAUGUUAAGGGUUCAGCACCGUUGGCAAUUGGUUUAGCUAUUGUGACGGGUCAUUUGUGUGCGAUUAAACUCACUGGUGCCAGCAUGAAUCCAGCUCGUUCAUUUGGACCCGCUGUUGUACAUAGCAUGUGGACGGGACAUUGGGUUUAUUGGGUCGGGCCCAUAGUGGGCAGUAUAAUAGCCGCCAUUAUCUAUAAAAUCUUUUUUCAAGUACGCAAAGGUGACGAUGAAAGUGAUUCCUAUGAUUUUUAA